AUGGGUGCUAAGGCUAGUACUCCACCAGCUGCUUCCCCCACUGAGCCCAAAACUCCUCUCCCUGAUAAAGCACCAACCACUGCUCCCACUACCUUUAUUGUUACUGCACUAAUAUCAGCACCAGCUAAAACGCCAGCAAGAUCUCCACCAAGAGAAUACAAUGUGCAAAUUGAUACGGAAGUGAUAUCUCAUGGGUUACAUGUUGAGCUGAAUUUCCAAGACACUGCCAGCUCAUCAACUGCGUCUCUCAUCUCUUGUUCAGACCAAAUGUGUCCUUCGACUGAGUGCCCUAGUGAGACAAAUCACAUUUGUUAUACAAAAGUAAAACUGGGACCUCCGUCAAGAGAUUACAAUGUCAGUGUGCAAAUCGAUAUGGGAAGUGAUAUCUCGUGGGUUACAUGUAGUUCCUGCAACGAUUGUCCUCAAACAAGUGGAUUUGGGCAAAUUAUUCUUUCAGAAUUUCCUAACACUAUUAUGUACUUGCGGGUUGAGUUGUACUUCUAUGACACUGCCAUCUCAUCAACUGCAUCUCUCAUCUCUUGUUCAGACCCAAUGUGUGCUUCGGCUAAGUGCUCUAGUGAGACAAAUCAGCGUUCUUACACCUUGUGUUAUGCAAGAUUUGAGUGGCACAACCAGCUGUGUUAUGCAAGAUUUGAGUGGCACAACCAGCUAGCUAUUAUGUGUUUAGCAGGAAGGUUCUCCUAUAGAUGUGCAGUAUCCGCUCAGCCUGGGGACCUUACCAUGAUGGAUAGAGUAAUUGAUGGGAUUUUUGGGUUUGGUCGACAUGGUCUUUCAGUAAUCUCUCAACUUUCUUCACGUGGAAUUUCUCCGAGAGUGUUUUCACAUUGUUUGAAAGGAGAGAGCUAUGGUGGAGGUAUACUAGUUCUCGAUGAGAUUUUGAAUCUGAGUAUGGUCUACAAUACCCUUGUUCCAUCAAACACAUGUAGAUAUUUAUUGCCACAUUUUUCUGCUCUUGAGGGGCAGCAACAGUAA